CGUCUUGUUUCAAAACAUGGCGGCAAAGGAUUUGACAGUUACAGAGGAAUGGAUUCGUGAGAAACUACAAUUACACCAUAAACUUUUAGCUGAUGUCCGAACUCUGUGCCUGCCCGGUAACAUCGAGGGGAAAAUAAGCCAUUUAGGAAUAUCGCUGAAGAAUUUCGUGCGGUUGAAGACAUUAGACCUGUCCUACAAUGCACUUGUCUCGGUGUCAGGUCUUGAGCACCUGAAACUGUUGGAAAGGCUGAAUUUGUACUUUAACAAGAUAUCAGCCUUUCAAGAGGUAAUUACCCUGUCCAAACUGAAGAGCCUGAGAGAGCUGGACCUGAGACUCAACCCUGUGGUCAAGAAGCACCCAGAGUACCGCCUGCAUUUGGUGCAUGCACUAUGCCAACUGCGGAAUCUUGAUGACUGCCCAGUAAGAGAUCGAGAGCGCAAAGCUGCCAUCAUGCAUUUCACCUCCGAUGUGGAGCUCGAGCCCAAGCAGAAAACCAGCUGUCUCAACAGCCUCUCAGACCAAAGGAGCAGUGAUCUGAGAAUGGCAGCAUUUUACAGGCAGAACAAAAGUCUGGCUCUGCCGGAUGGCAAUGAGGAGGCUGCAGUGAACCACAUCAACCGCAGGAACCACAGGAACCGGGCUCAGACGAGUCCUCCGCCAGACGCCCAGACAGAACCGCAGUCUCGUCUGGCACAGGAAAUACCUGAUGAAGUCAUAUACUUGGUCAAUGAUUACGAUUCUGACUCCUUCCCUCAAACACAGGACUGUGUAAAGCCAGCCUUCAGACAUGCACAGAGCACUGAUGCCUCUCGUGUCCAGCCAAGCAUUCAGCCAUGCAGAAAAGGGUCUCUGACCAAUGGUGGACCUCCAGGGCUGGCCAGUAACAGACCCAGAGUGACUUUUGCAGACGGCUACGUCCAGGGAUCCCACAGCUUGCACCCAGCGCCGGCCACCCAUGGGACCAAGCCCGCACAGCUCAGGAUCCCAGCUACAGCAGUGUUCACACCGGACCCCAGAACCACCGCGUCUCCUAGAAAGGGAGAUGGUCAGCUGGCUUCCACACAGCAUGCAUCCCCACCCAGUCCGGCGGGGCAGAGCGGUCUGGACGUUGGCGACCUCUCUCUCCAGGCACGCCGCGUGUCCAGCAGGAGGGCAGAGGACGGGGGCUGCCCUGAGCAAGAGGCCGCCGGACCACAGAGGGGCAGCUACAGGAAGCCCCUUGACCUGCUGCUCAGCAUGGUGCGCGAGCACUGGACCACUGGCAAUAGUGACCCACAACACUACAAGACAUUCUUCACGCGGGCCGUGCAGGUGGUGUCCCUGAUGGAGCGGGAGCUGGCGGGCCGGGAGAGCGAGGCGCAGACCCUCAGAGAGGAGGUGCAGGCCCUUAAUGCCCAGGCUGGGGCUCGGGAGGAAAGGCACAGAUGUGAGGUUCAGGAGCUCUCCACCCAGCUAGAGAGAGCACACAACUCCGUCGAGAGCCUUGAUGAGCAGCUGAGGAGCGUGUUGGAGGAGAACGUGUGUCUGCAGAAGCAGCUCAUAAGCCUCGAGCAGAGCAUCUUAUCAUCCAGAAUUAACAAAUUAACCAGCGCCAGCGAUAACGGUUGCUGACAGCCUCUCCUGUGCAUCUGUGAGAGGGCUGAAGUCAUCCUCCGGCCUGACGGCCUGCAGAGACCCACAUUGUGACCUUUAACCCCAUAAGUGCCUUUAUGUUGUGAAUCUGAAUGUGCUUGGAGAUCGCAUGCUCAUAAACUGGAUUGCAUGUGGCCUAUGGGAAUAAGGACUGGUGAGUUAUGAACUUGUCUUCUGUUGUUAAUGCUGUGAGUCAUUUAAGUUCCUCAUGGACAACUGUAGUGCAAUGGAAUAUUUAUUGGUAUUUAUUUUUUAUGAGAGGUGGUUAUGUAAUGGAUGAACUUUUGUAGCUUUCCUUUAUUUUAUUUUUAUUGUUUUGCUUUUUUUUUUAAUUGAUUUUAUUGGAUGAGACCACCACCAGCCUGGCAUGGCUUUGCCGCAGGUGUUGGGUUGGGGAGGUCUCCUCGUUAAGCUGUGUCAUUGUGUUAUAAGCACAUAUGAACUGCACACUUAAAUGGAUGUUAACACUUAACCCAGUGGGGUACUUUGAAUACACAAGUAAUACUUU